CCUAAUUCAAGUAGUCUGCGUACUCGUAACUUGCCCCAAUCUUCAACUUUGAAUUGCCCACCAAGCAACUACCCCACAGUUUGGGCACUCCCGAACGAACGGAUCCGAAACCCAUUUUACUUACAUCGGAUCAGCAUGACAUCUUCUAUCUUCAGCCGGGUCGUGAAUUCCUUGAUGACAAACAUCAACUAUCAUUGUCCUGAAUUAGACUGGUGAUCGGCAUCUGAAUAGCACAGUUGAAGUGCUGCCUCCAAAACUUAAAGCAAACAAGGACUAAUUACCACCAUGCACCCAAUCCCCGAACAAGACAAUCCCUCAUACACCGGCUCAUGGCUUAUCUGCACAGCCUGUGGAACGCAAUUCCCUACAGACGACAAGCAACAGGUCAAAACAUGCUUCAUUUGUGAUGACCCGCGACAAUUCACGCCACCAACGGGACAGAGCUUCACGACGCUCGAUGAGCUGUGUUCUAACCACAAGAACACAUGGACGCCAUUUUCGGGCGAUGAUGACUUCAUCUCCAUCGUCACUAAGCCGAAAGUGGGCAUCGGCCAGCGUGCGAUACUGAUCAAGACGCCAAAGGGGAAUGUGCUUUGGGACUGUAUUACCCUUUUGGAUGAUGAGACCGUUGAAAACAUCAAAGGAAUGGGAGGGUUGAAGGCAAUUGUGAUCUCGCAUCCGCAUUACUACUCAACGCAUGCGGAUUGGGGUCGGGCUUUCAAUUGCCCCGUCUAUCUCGCAGCUGAAGACAAGCAAUGGACAACACAAACCUCACCCCAACAGGUCUUCGUCACAGAGACCGAAAUGGACAUCAACAUCGAUGGAGAGGCAUCUGGGGUGAAGGUCCUUAAACUUGGUGGUCACUUUCCUGGGUCCUUCGUCACACUAUACAAUGGACGACUGCUAAUUGCCGAUACGCUGCUCACAACGCCAGCUGGUCUGGGUAGCUGGGACGCCGAUGCUCUGGGGAAUGCCAGGAGUCGACCGAAGGGGAUGAACAGCUUCUCUUUCAUGUGGAGUAUCCCAAAUUUCAUUCCCUUGGCACCGGAUGAGCUGGAGAGAAUGUGGGCGAUAAUAAAGAAGUAUGAGUUCCGGAGUACGCACGGAGCGUUCUUAAAGACCGACAUCGUGAAGACAGAAGCAGAGAUGAAACAAAGGGUAUUGGACUCGAUGCAAAUACAGAUCAAGUACAUGGGGUAUGGUAAUCACUCAAUGCUGAAGGAGACUGCAGACUGAGGGUUCAAGACCGCAGGUAUUGACGACUUCUGAA